AUGUCGUUCUUACCCCAACGCUGCGCCCGGCAGCUCCUCCGAGAGCCUUUCCAACGCGCCUCAUUACCGCUCUUCCUUACCCCCGCGUUCUCCCACUCCCGCGCGCAAUGCUUCUCAACUACCUCCCCGAUGCAAUCCCGAGUCGGAGGCGCCCCCAUCUCCGUGCCCCCGGAUGUGUCAUUGAACCUGGUCGACCUUCCUAAGUCACUUUCCCGCGCACGAGGAAAGGAUGUCCCCAAGUUUGCCGCUCAUAUCAAGGGUCCCAAGGGCGAAAUGACCCUCGAGCUUCCCUCUUUCCUUACCGUGAACCACGACGCAGCUACCCUAAAGACUACCCUGUCUGUCUUGGAUCCGGAAGUUCCCGCCCAGCGUGCCAUGUGGGGUACCAUCCGCGCGCUCCUCCAGAACCACAUCACCGGUGUCUCUGAAGGGCACAUUUGUGUCUUGAGUCUUGUCGGUGUCGGUUACAGGGCUACCAUUGAAGAUACCGCGACUACUGUCACUCCCAGCUUCCCCGGACAAAAGUUCGUCUCUCUGAAGGUCGGAUUCUCUCACCCCAUUGAGCUCGGCAUCCCCGAGGGUGUCCAGGCUAGCACCCCCCAACCGACCCGUAUCUUGCUGGAGAGUGUCAACAAGAGAGCGGUGACACAGUUCGCGGCUGAGAUCCGGGAAUGGAGACGGCCGGAGCCGUACAAGGGCAAGGGUAUCUUCGUCAACGGCGAGACUAUCAAGCUCAAGGCGAAGAAGAUCAAAUAG